AUGUGGAGUGUGUGCGAUAAGAAAUGGAGAACGAGCUUGCUUCCUGGGCGGGAUCGGUUCCAAUCUGGUGCCGGUCAGCUUUCGCAGACUGCCACACCAGGUACCGCCGGCAGAAAGCCAAUCCUGGCUUUGAGCCCGGACGGUGCGCCAUUGUUGAUCACAGCUAGUGGUAUUUUACUAGCCGGUGAGGCUGAACAGCCCGUGGGCGUGGACACAUGA